CAAGAUGUCCAACGUUGGUGAUGUGACGGGACCAAACAUCUUUUACAACCAUUGGCAUUUCAUCACAGUCGUGGUUUUCUCUUUGACGACCCUCUUGGGUGUCCCUGGCAAUGCUCUGGUGCUUUGGGUAACCGGAGUGAAGAUGAAGUGGACCAUGACCACCAUUUGGUUUUGGAACCUUGCUGUGGCCGAUAUCAUCUGCUGCUUGUCUCUCCCAUUCGUUAUAGUGCAGUACUUCUACCCAUAUUGGCCGUACGGCCCUGUGCUCUGCAGGGUGAUACCCUUCUUCGCUCCUUUAAACAUGUUCACCAGCGUCUUCAUCUUGGUGGCUAUCAGCAUUGACCGUUGCAUCCUGGUUGUCCAACCCAUUUGGGCCCGAAAUCACCGAGGAGUACGAAUGACGUGGAUGACCUGCUUGGCUAUUUGGACCUUGUCCUUUGUUAUGUGUCUACCUAAAUUCCUGUACACAAAUUUCACAACUUCGAAUAACUUAACUUUAUGCAAUCCUGAGAAGCACAUGAGAGAGACCACCACUUACAUCAUUAUGGUUUUUGGUUUUCUGCUACCAUUCUUAAUUAUUUCUGCCUGUUACAUUUCUGUGGCUUUUAUAUUACACAAUAGAAGAUUUGAAGACGUUGGUAAUAAAAUCAUCAGGGUGUCUUUAGGGAUCGUAGUCGCAUUUUUCAUCACCUGGGCCCCCUACCACAUCAUGGGGGUAGUCCUGCUAUACACUGAAAAUGAAGUAGUACUCAUCCUGGAUAUGUUCUCGCAGUCUCUGGCCAUGUUCAAUAGUUGCAUCAACCCGAUUCUCUACGUCUUCGUGGGGAAAGAUAUGAAGGAUAAGAUGAGACAGUCUAUUGCAAAGUUUAUACAAAACACAUUUAGCGAACACUUAUCAAAAACAGCACCUGGGAGGAAUCAGCAAAUGGAAGCCAUCAACGUGCCUCUAUAGUUAAAAAUUCGGUGAUUUGUGCCAAAGGUCGAUUGCCAAGAUAAUUAAAGGAAGAUCUCUGCUUGAAUGUUCAGAUGGAUUUGUAGACUUUUAUAUUGUAUUAGUGAUUGUGAUCAACUGAUUGCAGGAAAUAUUAUCAGUGCAUUCUAUGGUG